UAACUCAGACGGACUCUUUCCGUGUAGGUACGCCGAGUCACAGGUGGCAACACCGAUACUGUUGCUCAGAAGUGGGGUAUAUUAUCAUAUACGUGGUUUUUAUUCGACGCAAGCAGCGUGAGUGUUUCUCUCGUUGUUCCAGGAGUGUUAUUUAAGAGGAGCCACGUCGUGCAACACAAACAUGUUGGUACACAGUGUGUUGGUUUCGGUGACUUUGUUCCUCUGGGCAGCGACAGGUGUUAAUGGCUAUUCAGUCACUACCAAAAAUGCUGAGGUGCAGGUGAGGGAGAAUGAAGGCACUGACCUGACAUGUACUUACUCGGCAGACUUUGGUUCAGAGGCCAGAGUUGAGUGGAAAUUCAAAAACCUAGCAGGCUCACAAACAUAUGUGGUUUUUAAUGGUCAACCAACACAAACAUAUUCCAACCGUGUGACGAUUUAUGGAAGCAACAUUAGAUUCUCGAAAAUGACCCCUAAAGAUACUGGAGUGUAUGACUGUGAAGUGUCGGGCAAUGGUCAGUUUGGGGAAACCAGAGUGAAGGUGACUGUUUUGGUGCCUCCAUCUAUGCCUGUGUGUAGGGUCCCUCCCACUGUGACAACGGGUAAGACAGCCCGCUUGUCCUGCCAUGACAACAUUGGCUCACCUCCUCCCAACUACAGGUGGUACAAAGACGGCACACUUCUGCCUCCGGAUCCAAGCAAGAUUUCUGGCUUCAAAAAUGCCACCUACCAUCUAAACACAGAGAACGGCAACCUGGAGUUUCCCAGAGUGACCAAGAUGGACUCAGGUCAGUACUACUGUGAGGCGUACAAUGACGCUGGUCCUCCGCAGCGCAGUAAAGAAGCUAAGAUGCAAGUCCGUGACGUAAACACAGGAGGAAUUGUUGCUGGCGUAAUUGUGGCUCUGCUGCUAUUGGCCCUCCUGGGAUUUGGACUUUGGUAUGCACACAAGAAAGGAUACCUGCCCAAGAAAGAUGAAAGUAAACCAAAACCGAACGUGGUCUACCAGCCUCCAUCAUUGUAUGGCGGUGAAGAUGAUGAUGGAGAAUUUAAACAGAAGUCAUCAUUUGUGGUGUAGUCUUCAAGAAGAGGUCAAUACAGGAGAACACCUUGGGUUUUAAAUGGCUUUGAGCUUGUAUUUAUCCAGAUUUUCGAUUGAGUGGAUUUCUUAUUUACUCCAGCUAGAAAUAAGAUGUUAUUAAAUGAGCUGUGACUCAUUUUAGCCUCAGGCCCUGUGUAUGUAUGUUUAUAUAGGUUGUGAUCGUUUUCUGCCUCCCAAGAGAGCUAAGUUGUGUUGAAAUUGUGCAUCUGGUUGUAAAUACAGGAUGUCAUAUCUAGUACACCACCACUACUGUGGCGCAAAAGGGUACAUGGAGUUUUUUUUUUUUUUCUGUGCAAAGGCAGUCAAAGCUCAACAGACAGCAUUUUUCAGCCACUGUUGUGUCUUGAUAAAACUUUUUAGACAUUCAAAUUUACAUUGCAUUUAUUGACUUAUCUUUCUUUUUUCUAGUAUAACCUAACUCUACUUACUCUGUGCAUUGUGUUUGUCUCUUUUUUUGUUUUGUUUUUUACACAAAGCAGAAGCUGUUGUAAAGUAUCUUUCUAUCAUGGUGUAUUAAGAUUCCCUUCCCUGUGAAUACUAUGAACUCAUUUACAUUUGUAAUUACUUUUGUCAUGUAGAAUUUACAAACCAGAAGUAGUUUUCACUGAACUUCUCAACACAAAACUGGCAAAUCUUUAUUUGAUGUUCUUGUGAUUGUUGGAACAGAGCUACGUGUAAGAUAUGGGAAUAUUUGUCCACUGGUGUUUAAAAUGCGUACCAUGAUCCAAAUUUAAAAUAUUGCUGAGCUUUGUCUCCCCUUAAUUGAAUACCUGUCUGGGAGAAAUUUAGCCACAUUGACAUAUGUCCUCAUGUUCCUCUCUGCUUCCAGCGCCCACAUUUUUAAAUGAGUAAUCAGUUUUACAUUUAUUAAUAACCAAUUUACUAAUUUGACAUUUUUUAAAGGUACAGUGCCUUUUAGAUUCACUAAGCUCAUGCAUUUUUUUUUUUUGUCAUAAUAUGUUUAACAUUUUAAAUGCACAUUUUGAUAAUUUAUAGUUGAACUACAUAUUUUGUCUGUCUUUUGUGGGAAAUACAUUUACAAACUUGAUCAUUAGAUUCAGUACAUCAGUAAACUUUGACAUCAAAUUGUCUAUGGUUACCCACAUGUUUGUAAGCAUCACAUGCAGCCUUCCCUAAGAUUGUCACUUUGGUAUAUGUUGCUUAAUAAAAAAAUUGUUUUUA